GCGCAUGUGACGUCACACUGUCGUGAGUUUGUUUUGAUGGGGAAGUGAAACUAUCUUCCCUAAGAAACUAUAUUCAACGAGGAACUGACUCUAGAUAAAGGCUCCAGCGUCCAGCAGAAGAUGACAUGAGCUGCUUUCAGCCGGUUUAACCGAGUAGAGGAGCGAUGGACGGCGGAGAGAUGCGCUUCCGCGUAAGUGUGGUUCGGGACGACUGUCUGGACCGGUUUCUGAGAGUCGGUUCCGGUGGAUUCGGUCAGAUAUUUCGCGCCAGACACACGCUAUGGGGGACCGACGUGGCCGUCAAGCUACUGCAUUAUAAAGAAGGCUCUGCAUCCUCCGCUCAGAGAGAAGCGGAGCUGAUGUUUGAUGCUGGAAACUCCAAUGUGGUGCGUGUGUUGGGUGUGUAUGAGGGCCGUUUGGGUGACCCGCAGCGGCCGCUUCAGUGUGGGCUGGUGCUGGAGUUCCUGGCGAGGGGUUCUCUGGAGGAUCUGCUGCAGAGAUUGGCUGCUCCUCCGCCGUGUGCUCUCGCCCUCCGCAUGGCGCUGCAGGUCAGCCUGGGCAUGAACUUCCUCCAUCAGCUGACUCCGCCCAUCCUGCACCUCGACCUUAAACCUAGCAACGUUCUGCUGAGUGACAGCCUGGAUGCCAAGAUCACAGAUUUUGGUUUGUCCCGAGUGGCUGAAAAUGUCUGUAAGUAUACCGGGGUGAAUGACGAGGAUGAGGGAGGAACGCUGAGCUACAUGCCGCCCGAAGCGCUCCAGUCCAGCAGUUACAAACCCAGCAAAGCCUUCGACGUGUACAGUUACGGGAUCCUGUUGUGGUCCAUUAUCACUGGGAAGGAGCCGUACAGCGGUGUUCAGUCCAGUCUGGUGCGCUUUCGGAUCCCUCUAGGAGACCGCCCUGAUCUGGCAUCAGUGGACUGCAGCGAGACCGAAGGACUGGAUGAGCUGCUGAAGCUGAUGAUGCAGUGCUGGGAUCAGGAGCCCCACAGGAGACCCUCUUUCCUAGACUGUGUUCACGCCAUCACUGCGAUCUACACGAUGCACGCGCGCAGACUGAAUGAUGACGUUCAUGACGUUCUGGAGCAGCUGCAGGAUGAUGAAAUCUGCUCCAGUCUGAGAUCAGUCCAGAUCAGCCGAAAACCACACAGAGAAGUGGAUCCUCAGGAUUUGUCCUGCGUCACAGGACCUGCUCCUCAGCAGGAAACCGCUGCCGCUUACACAGAGACCGUACAGAAAGAAUGCAGUCCUCGUGCAGCUCCACCGGUGGGAGCUAUCAGGAAAACACAGCGUCAGACGUCCAAUCCAGCUGUGCAGGUCAGCAUGUCCAAUGUUUUCGGAGUUCAGAUCGGAAAUAAUAACAGCAUGAACAUCACUCAGAAACCACGGCAGAGACACCGGACGGCUCCGUCUGCAGUCAACACGCACAGUUCCCACCCACAAAACCCUCCGCAAAAACACCAGUGACCACCACGCUGGGUUUCUACUGCUUACCGGCUGCUUUAGAGCUGAUUUUUUUACUCCUAAUGGGGCGGGAAAACAUACACUUACCGGCCACUUUAUUAGGUACACCUCUCCUACAGCUCGCUAUUGCAAAUGUCUAAUCAGCCAAUCACAUGGCAGCAGCUCAAUGCAUUUCGGCAUGUAGACAUGGUCAAGACGAUCUGCUGCAGUUCGAACCGUGCAUCAGAAUGGGGACGAACGGUGGUUAAGGUGAACGUGGCAUGGUUGUUGCUGCCAGACGGGCUGCUCUGAGUAUUUCAGAAGCUGCUGAUCUACUGGGAUUUUCACGCACAACCAUCUCUAGAUCAGGAGAAUGGCCAGACUCCUUCCAGCUAAUAGAAAGGUAACAGUAACUCACAUGGACAAGAGCUUCUUAAAUAUACUCAAAUGGCCUCCACAGUCACCAGAGCUCAAUCCAAUAGAGCAGCUUUGGGAUGUGGUGGAACGGGAGAUUGGCAUCAUGGAUGUGCAGCCGACAAAUCUGCAGCAACUGUGUGAUGCUAUCAUGACAAUAUGGAGCAAAAUCUCUGAGGAAUAUUUCCAGUAGCUUGCUGAAUCUCUGACAUCAAGGAUUAAGGCAGAUCUGAAGGCAAAAGGGGGCCAACCCGGCACUAGUGAGGUGUACCUAAUAAAGUGGCCGCUGAGUGUAUAUAAGUAUUAGGGAAAUAAGUAUUCCUAAAGUGCUGUUGACUUUAAUUUGUCACUGGAUGUCGGUAACAAAUCUGUAUAUGCAACGAAAUGAUCAUUUCUUCCCGAGCCUCCUCAGUGGAUGUGCAUCUAGCGUCUGGCAUUGGGUUUGCAGCAAACAAAUGCAAUGGCGGACUCCAGACGCACAUCCUGAGAAAUGUUUGAUGAGAUUCCGGAUUAAAGCUAAUAAUAUUGUAAAUUAUGUUGAGUUUCUUACAUGAACUGAUGGUUCGGCUUCACAAGAGCUGUCAUCAGGAGUCACGGCUAUUGAUUUGAACUGGUUUGUAAGUGUGUAUUUUUACCCUGAAAGACUGGUCACCAUUCACUGCCAUUAUAUAAAGCACCAUAGACCUCAGAUUCAGCUCAAAAGCAUGGGAGAUUGGUGAAGAUGAGAUGCUUUAUCAGCUUUGUUAAACAGUUUAAUCAACUUGAACAAUAUAUGUAAUCAUCGUACUUGCUUUAUUUAAGUGUUAUCUUAUGUAAUAAAUGCAUAAAGGCAGUUUAUAUGUAGAAACUCAUAAUUUGGGCUAUAUUUUUGUCACUGUAUGUUAAAUGCUUCAGCUAUAACUUGAUGAAUUGUGAAGUUUCUUGCGAUAGCAUGUAUCCUCGCUAAACGAGUUAGCCGACUGUGAUGCAAUGUCUCGUUGCACUGAAUUUUUUAUUACUACUUUUAUGUGUGAUUUAUUUUAGCGGUUCAUUCCGCUGUGGCGACCCCGGAUUAAUAAAGGGACUAAGCCAACAAGAAAA